AUGGUUUAUUAUUUCAAAUCUGUUGGUUCUGAUGGUUCAUUUGAAUCGAAUCCAAGAUUCAUUUAUAUGGGGAAGGAUAAAUAUGAAAAUGAGGAUUUGAUAAAGUAUGGAUUUGAAGAAGAUGUUUGGUUUCAUGUUGAUAAUCUAAGUUCUGCUCAUGUUUACCUAAGAUUGGAGAUUGGUGAGAAAUGGGAUGAGAUACCUGAAGGUUUAUUAAUAGAUUGUGCACAAUUAACUAAGGCAAAUUCAAUUGAUGGUAAUAAACGAGAUAAUAUAACUAUAAUAUAUACUCCAUGGGCCAAUUUAAAGAAAACAAAAGGUAUGGCUGAUGGUGAAGUCUCUUUUAAAAACUCUAAAAAAGUUAAGAAAAUUCAUGUUCAAUUUAGAGAAAACUCUAUAAUAAAUAGAUUGAAAAAAACAAGAGAAGAAAUUAAAGGUAAAGAACAUUUAAUAGAGGCUAAAAAUAAUAGAGACAAAGAACAUGUUUCUAAUUUAUUACAAUUGAAAUAUCAAGAGAAAUUACAACAAGAACAAGAAAAGAAAAGAAUUGCAGAGGAGAAACAUAGACAAGAAACUUUAUAUGAUGAUUUAUGGGAUGAUAAUGAAGUUAAUAAAACUAGUAAUCAAAAAAGAAUGUAUGAUCCUGAAGAAGAUUUUUGGUGA